GCGAAAAGCAGCUGCUGGUGACAAUACCCAACCCUGAACCAGUAUCAAGUUCUGGUUCAGCUCUAAGGACAGAGAACUUGUGGAGACACUCCGGGCCUCACAGGACUUCAGCACCUGAGACAGCUCCAGCAUUCUGAAGAACAGAAGGCUCACGGGGAGCACUCCCAGGCAAGAGAUGGAAACCAAGAGGAACCACCAGCUCCUCCUGCUCCUGACCCUUUGCAGCAUGCUCUUCUCACAAACAGUGGCGUGGCUUCCUUUGGGAGACCCUUCUGCUGUAGGAAUACCCUAUGAAGGAGCAAAUGAACCUGAUCAAGUUUCAUUAAAAUCAGACACUGACAUCUUGGAAAACGCAUUAGCUGAAAAUGACACACCUUAUUAUGAUGCAUCCAGGAAUGCCAGACAUGCUGAUGCAGUUUUCACCAAUGACUAUAGUAGACUCUUGGGUCAAAUUUCUGCCAAAAAAUACCUUGAGUCUCUUAUUGGAAAACGAUUUCGCAAUGACAUCUUGGAAGACCAGGUGCCAAUCAAACGCCACUCGGAUGCGGUCUUCACUGACAACUACACCCGCCUUCGAAAACAAAUGGCGGUGAAGAAAUAUUUGAACUCAAUUCUCAAUGGGAAGAGAAGCACUGAGGGAGAAUUGCCUGACUUUCUUGAGGAGCUAGAAAAAUGAUGAAAAGGGUCUUUGAGGAAAGCUGGCAACAACUUCCCAGUGAAUUCUUGAAGCAAAAUGAUAAAUGGAGCAAUUAUGUUUUGAGUUCUACAUAAGUAAUUCAAGCAAACAUCUUCAAUAUCAAAACCAAAUAAAGUGCUGUGUUGUGAAAGUUGUGAUUUAUUUUAAGCUAAUGUAAUAACUGUGUUGCUUACGUUACAAAUAUUAUUUGAGAGAUCUUAAACUUGUCUUUAACUCGUGAAAAUCCUGUAAUUUCAUAUGCUGUAUAUCCUUUAUAACACAAAUAUAUUUAAUGAUAAGAAAAUACUAGGCUAAUUCUAAUUAUGUGAGGCUUUUUGGAAGGGUGGUAAUAGAGCAAAUUGAUGUGUUUAUUUAUAGAGCUUCUUUAAAUAUUCAGAAGAGUGGAACAGAUGAUCAGUGUGUCCAAAUUUGAACGUUAAGCGGAUAGAAUGCUGUGUUAAAUAAACCUCAUAAUGUCUAAGAGAAUACUAACCAAGAUAAAAAGUCAUUCUUCAAAAAACAGAUUUUUUAAAAUGUUAUGUGAUUCCACAUGUUUAGGCAGCCUUCAUUUUGAAUGGGAUUAAAAACCUCACAAGUUUGUCUCUCUAACUGCCUGAGGCUCUCUUCUGACCUAUUGUUUCAAUGAAGGAGAAGGGUCUCUCCUUUGGACAUUGGACCUGGGCUUUAUGCUUGUGGAAAGUAUGUGUAGAAUGUAAACUGAGGGGAACAUUUGUUUUUCAGAGAUAGAUAUUUUUUCCAUAAUCAUUCAAAUAAUGCUUUGGUCACACCAGCUUCUAUCAGUGCGAGUACAUUUGGAGACACCACUAUUUUUCCAAAAUGGUUGUAAAAAAUUAAAUGGAAAAUAAAGAUGUUUGAUUAUCAUUGCACACAA